AUGGUGAAACUGGCCAACCCCACUUACACCCAAUGGAUCCUAGAGGCCAUCAAGAAGGUCAAGAAACAGAAGCAGCGUCCAUCCGAGGAACGCAUUUGCAAUGCCGUCUCCAUGUCCCACAGUCUUGACCGCAAGACUAUUCUGGAACAGUUAGAACUUAGUGUCAAAGAUGGAACUAUCCUUAAGGUUACCAACAAAGGUCUCAACUCGUAUAAAGAUCCUGACAACCCCGGGCGUUUUGUUCUCCCAAAACAAAAAGGAGGUGGCAGCUCUGGAGGAGGCAGCAGCCACAGCGGGGGCGGUGGCAGCAGCAGCAGUGGUGUUAGCUUCCAAAGCCAUUUGGGGAAGAGACCUGGACUCGACUGGAACAAAUUGAUCAAGCGGGCACUGGAGGGCCUCCAUGAGCCAGGCGGUUCCUGCUUGAAAAACAUUGAGCGCUUUCUCAAGUGCCAGGCUGAUGUGGCAGCCUACCUAUCAAGCAGCGGCUCCAUGGGGCCUGGCAUCUUCCACCAACAGCUGAGGGUUGGCCUCAAAAGGGCUGUGGCCCAUGGACGCGUGGCAAAGCACGGGCCACUUUUUCAGUUCAUCAGUCGCAGCAGCUCCCACCAUGACGGCACUGGGACGGUAUCCUUGGAAUCACUGCCCCCUGUUCGUCGGCUGCCCCAUGAAAAGGACAAGCCGGUGGCGGAGCCAAUCCCCAUAUGCAGCUUCUGUUUGGGGACCAAGGAGCAGAAUCGCGAUAAGAAGCCUGAGGAACUCAUCUCCUGCGCAGACUGUGGCAAUAGUGGCCACCCGUCCUGUCUCAAGUUCUCUCCAGAGCUUACGGUUAGAGUCAAGGCACUGUGGUGGCAGUGCAUCGAAUGCAAAACCUGCAGCAGCUGUCAAGAUCAAGGAAAGAAUGCGGACAAUAUGUUAUUUUGUGAUUCAUGCGACCGGGGUUUCCACAUGGAAUGCUGUGAUCCACCCCUCACGCGGAUGCCGAAAGGCAUGUGGAUUUGUCAAAUCUGCCAACCCAGGAAGAAGGGAAAGAAUCUUUUACAUGAAAAGGCAGCACAAAUCAAACGGCGCUAUAACGCACCACUUGGCCGGCCCAAGAACAGGCCCGGGCGGCCCUUCAAGAAACUGGUUGGCCGUGCUCGACGGAAGCGUUCGGCCUCACCUAAUUCCUCAUCCAGCUCCUCUUGUGAAGGUUACCCCGGUGAUGACCGACUACUUUUCUCAAUGCGGGAUAGUGACGACCUGUCACACAGCAGUCUUCGCUUUAACAACAAGACCAAGGGAUUAAUCGAUGCCCUCACUAAAUUUUUUACACCUUCGCCUGAGGGUCGCAAAGCACGCCAGGAAGUUGUGGACUACUCAGAGCAGUGUCGCAUCAGAAAGAAAGCCAAUCGCAAAGGAGAUGGAGAUGAUCGGACAGGUGACAAUCAGGAAGGCAGCGACUGGCGCGAUGAUGAUGACAGACCGCCUGGUCAUGAAAAUCUAACAGAAAAAGACAUUGAGCUGUUCAGACACAUCCAGGAGCUAGCAUUACAGAAAGUCGGGGUUACAGGUCCACCAGACCCGCAGAUGCGAUGUCCAGCAGUCAUUGAAUUCGGAAAGUUUGACAUCCAGACGUGGUAUUCUUCUCCCUACCCGCAGGAGUACAGCAGACUACCCAAACUGUACCUUUGUGAAUUCUGCUUGCGCUACAUGAAGAGCCGUAGCAUCCUCUAUCAGCACAUGAAGAAAUGCAGCUGGUUCCAUCCUCCAGCUAAUGAGAUUUACAGGAAAGACGACGUGUCUGUUUUUGAGGUCGAUGGAAAUGUGAGCACGAUCUACUGCCAGAACCUCUGCCUACUGGCCAAACUUUUCCUCGACCACAAGACACUGUACUAUGAUGUGGAGCCCUUCCUUUUCUAUGUCCUCACACAAAAUGACAGCAAAGGUUGCCACCUUGUCGGCUACUUUUCUAAGGAGAAACACUGCCAACAGAAAUAUAACGUAUCAUGCAUCAUGAUUCUUCCGCAGUACCAGCGAAAGGGCUACGGGCGCUUUCUCAUUGAUUUCAGUUACUUGCUAUCUAAGCGUGAGGGCCAGCCUGGAUCACCAGAGAAGCCUCUCUCAGAUCUUGGUCGGCUUUCUUACAUGGCCUAUUGGCGCAGUGAGGUCCUAGAGUGCCUCCAUAGGGUCCAUGACCGGCAGAUCACAAUUAGACAGCUCAGCAAACUGACAGGGAUUUGCCCGCAAGAUAUCACUACAACACUACACAGCCUCAACAUGCUCGAGCAACGGGGAGAGAGGAUGGUCCUGGUGCGACGAGAUACGCUGAUUGAUAGCCACAUGGCUCGUCUCAAGGCUCGACCCCGACAGCUAGAAGUUGACCCCGAGUGUCUCCGCUGGACUCCUGUCAUUGUUACUAAUACAGUGGUUUCUGAUGCUGAUGAGGAUGAGGAUGAAGAUGAAGAGGAUCAAGAACCAACAGAAAAUGACCGCAAAGAGAUCAAGCCAAAUAUCAAGCUACCAUCAUUGUCUUGGCACAUGCAUGAAGCAAAGAAAACGGAAGAAGAAGAUGAGGACGAGGAGGAAGAGCUUGAGGAGGAAGAAGAGAGAAAGGGGUUUCUAGGAUUACCGGUCAGCCAAAGCUCUCCAACAUCACCUCCAGUUCGUUGUUUACCUCCCCCAAAACCACCAUGCCCACCUCUGCCAGCAAAUGGUGAACGCAGACCCAGGGGUCGCCCUCCCAAAAAUUGGCCAUGGGGUAAAGGGGUUAGGGAUAGCAAUCGAGUUGGACGGCCACCUAAGGUUUGCCCAAUGGAGGAAGAGGGUGAGGACGAUGAAAGGACAGAUGAAGGAAAAAUCGGCUCUGCAACCAUCCCUUCCUCUCUAUUCUCACUAGAGCGAAAAGCAGAACCGACAAGCUUUCGGACAAUAGACAUGACCCGGCACCCCACCAUAACCCCUACCCGAAGAGGACGCCCUCCAAGGAAAAAGAGGGGCCCCAAACCCAGACAGAUGGAGGAGCCGAGUGAGGGGCUGUCACAACUUCCUGGGGUUUCCAGGUUGAAUGAUUCUCCUCCUGUUCGGAAGACUGGCUUCAGUGAUAGUAGCGAAGAGGAUGAGGAUGAUGAUGAGGACGACGAGGAUGAAGAUGAUGAGGAUGAGGAAAGCAGAGCAAGCUCUCCACCUAUACUCACAAAGCCAGCUUUGGGACUUAAAUGCAAGAAGCCGUUGAGAAAGCGUCGUUUUCGCCAGCGCAGCCACCCACACAGCAGCGUUGUGACGGAGACCAUUUCUGAGACUACAGAGGUUUUGGAUGAACCGUUUGUGGACUCUGACUCCGAGAGGCCCAUGCCUAGACUGGAGGAGGAGACACCCUUGAGUCACCCCUUGCGUCGCUACCCUCCAGCCCGCUCUGCACUUAAGUUGUCAGACCCUGCUCCUAAAAGAGGCCGGCACUGCAACCUCUCUGAUUCAGAGGAGGAUGAGCUAACUGCCAUGCUGAACCCUGUCGCCGCAUUGCCAUGUCCUUCUACGAAUCAAGCUGCCAAUCCUGAGGUCCCAGUCAAGAAGAAAAAAGGCUGGCCCAAGGGAAAAAGUCGUAAACCACUGCACUGGAAGAAACGGGGACCUGGAAGACCACCUGGAAGUGGAGCCAACCAGCGAGCUGCAGCAGAAAGCCAAGCAAGCGGGACUCCAACACCUCCCAAAAUCAAAAUGAAGCCUGGACGGAAGCCUCGGACCUGGUAUCUCCAGCGUGCCCAAGAGGAAGCAGAGAGGCAGGAGCAGGAGAAGCAAAGACUGCUAGAACAGCAGUUGGACAAAAGUCCUCUGCUGCUUUCAACAGAUCGAAAUAGCAAGCGUGUUUCAAGAGCCAUCUCAGAAAAUAAAGAAAAAUACUCUGACGAAGACGAUUAUCUCCCUAUGCCAGUAGAGCAGAAGGUACCAAAAAGGAGAGGGAGACCACCCAGGAACCCUAUGCUCCGUCAACAACAACCACCUGUUUCAAGGCCACUUCUCAAUUCUGAACCAGAGGAGGCAGAAGAAGAAGAUGAGGAACCAGAGAGAACUUGGGAGAACACAAAAUCUAGCCGUCCAUUUUCACGCCCCAUACUGUCUGCUUCGUCCUGCUCAUCUAACCCAGGGCCUAGGGCCCCACAAUUUCGCCCUCAGAAUGUUGAUAUUGGCGAAAGAGAAGACGACGAAAAUGAAAAGGAAGAAGAGGAAUUUGAGAACCAGACGUGUAGUAGUCUUUCGUCGAGACGAGCAGCAUCUGCACCAGGUUUAGGAAGCCGCCGCAGUGAAGACCAUGAUGCAGAUGAUGAAGGUGACGGACACUUAGAAGAGAAGAGUAACAGCAGCAGCAUAAGUAAAAAAAGAAAAAGUCAGGAGUCUGAAGAUGAGGAGGAUGAAGAUGAGGAUGAAGAGCCUGCUUCCCAUGCAAGCUCCCCCCCAGUCAAAGAAGAACCACAAGGCGGAGAGGCUUUUUUAGACAUGGAGAACAGCGUGGCCCGGGACUAUGUCAGCAAGCAGGAGGAGGAAGAUGAGGAGGAGGAGCCUGACGAGCAGGUGCAAGAGUUAAAACGUCAGCCCUCCUCUGCUGAUCCACAGCAGGAAGACAGGCGGCGGCGAGAGCAGGAGGAGUCUGCUGCGGCUGCUGCGGCUGUGGAAACUGUUACGGCCAUGUCUGUUCCCCCAGAACCUAUGGAGCUUCAGCCUUUGCAGGCAGAGGACAAAGAUGUUGCACUUUUGAUUGAACCCCAACAUUCACACUCCCACACCCAUCCUCACCAGCACUCGGACUUCAAAGAGGAGCUGAGUCACCAUCACUCACAUCAUGCCCAUCACCACUCCAAUGAACUAGACUUGGAGACUGUCCAGGCAGUACAGUCUCUGACACAGGGGGAAGCCCAGGAUGAAGAGACUGAGCCACACCAUGGGGCUUACCAGGACUGUGAAGAGACACUUGCGGCCUGUCGGACACUACAAAGUUACAGCCACGCAGGGGAUGCUGAGGAGGAGGCCCUGGCUUUAGUAGAGGACUGUGGGGCCUCCCAACACAGCAGCCCUCUGCCUAAUCCUCCAAUGCCCCCACUGUCCGGUCAGUCUGUUCGGUCAGUGAACAGUCCAGGGUUACCUUCAGCCAUCAUGGAGACGACAACAGCAGGGCAGAGAGGUGGGACUCCUGGCCCGACUGGAGCAGGUGGUGGAACCGGAGGUGGCUACACACAAAUCACGCCAGAACAUCCCAGUUCUCUGUCUGCACCCUCCCAACAGAACAUGGAGACAUCUCCCAUGAUGGAUGUCCCAUCUGUGUCCGACCACUCACAGCAAGUGGUUGACAGUGGCUUCAGUGAUUUAGGCAGUAUCGAAAGCACGACAGAGAACUAUGACAACCCCAGUAGCUAUGACUCAACCAUGGGUGGAGGAAGCAGUGGAUCGGGGAAUGGGGGUAGUGGAGGUGGGAUUUCUGUGACAGGUACCUCUUCAGCGUCCUCAUCUGUCGCAUCUUCUUCCAGCUCGGCCACUCCAUCCACCUCACAGUCCAACAGCUGCCCCUUUGUGUCAACCCCUAGCUUAACAUCUUCCACAGGGAAUGGAGGAACUCAGCAUGGUUUAGGAAGCUGUAGCCUUAUCCAACAAACUGGACCCGGCCCCAGCAGUGGUCCUGGAGCUAGUAAUGUAGGCAAUUCUGUCCCACAACCCCCACCCCCUCCUCAUCCAUCCAACACCCCUGGUUGUGGCAUUAAAUCUCCUCAAAGCUGUGGUGUGAUUGAGAGACCUCCCAGCACUAAUCAGCAACAACCACAAUCAUCCCAAAAGAAGGUUUCACAGCAGCCUCCUCAGCAGCAGCAGCAGCAGCAAACCCCCAAUUCCCAGUCUCAGCCCUCAGCUCCGCCCCCUCCGCAGCAACAGCAGCAGCCCCUAUCCCAGUGCAGCAUGGGAAAUGGCUUUGGCUCCACUCCCAUGAUCAUGGAGAUUCCUGAGAGUGGGAGUGGGGGAGGUGGCCGCACCCUGUAUGAGCGUAUGGGUCAGGACUUUGGCACAGGGGGCUACCCCCAACCCUCCGCAACCUUCAGCCUGGCCAAACUCCAACAGCUCACAAACACCAUUAUGGAUCCACAUGCCAUGCCCUACUCUCACUCAGCCUCUGUCACCUCUUACGCCACCAGUGUUUCACUCUCUAACCCAGGGCUGGCACCCUCUGCUCACGCACCCCUUUCCCAGGGCCAACCCACAAUGACUCCACCCCCUAAUCUCAGCUCUGGUUCAAUGAACUUGGGAUCCUUGCAGCUGCAAUGCAACAUGCCCACUACCAACAUCAGUCUAGGUCCUCCACCCCACACGCAGCGACUGCAGGGCCAAAUGGCAACUGUCAAAGGUCAUAUUUCCAUUCGGUCCAAAGCCACUCAGCAGCUGGCCCCAGCCCCGCACCAGCAGCAGCUCUAUGGACGCAGCUCUGGGGCUGUGGCCAUGCAAGGCACACCUCGCACCUUGGCUGUACAACGCGGCAUGAUGCCAAACCUCAUGCCGACACCGGCACCAUACAAUUCCAUGAACAUGACACCACUCAAUCCCAUGUCAGCUGGUUAUCGAAUGCCCCAGCCAAUGAUGAACAGUGGUUACCACGGUAAUCCUCCUUAUAUGAAUCAGCCAGCUCAGUAUCCCAUGCAAAUGCAAAUGGGAAUGAUGGGAGGGCAGGGUUACCCCCAGCAGCCUAUGCAGCCAAAUCACCAUGGCAACAUGAUGUAUACAGGCCCCUCCCAUCAUAGCUAUGCUGGUGUCCCAAAACAGUCGCCCUACAUGAGCAGAUGA